GAGCGCUGACGUCGAAUGCGUCCCCGUGCGGUUUUAAUCAAAUGUGGGAUCCCUUCAUUCGGAAGGAGACUCGCAACGCAACACACGUUGACGAGGGCGGCCCCCGGUGCGAUGUUACGCUAUAGCGAUAUCAGCUUAUCAGCUCCGAAUAUCAGAAGAGCUCCGCAAUCGAUCCGCAAGUUGCGAUGUUCGAUUUUACACACCUUUGCUCAGUGUUUAACCGCGACUAGAGCCAUCCGGGGCGUUCUUUGCUGGUGAAAGAACCAACUAUGGAUUUCAAAUCUCGACCGUGUUCGGUAGUUUCGGUAGUGCUGCUGGUGAUAUUGGGAUGUGCUUUGGGGCAGGCCAGUGUUUUCGAAGGGAGUCAACAGGAAGUUAACGUGAAGAGCUUCCUGUCGGAAAUAUGUGAUAACAGUUCUCCGUUGAUGAGCCUCACGGUGAAGUCAUUCGAUGUGGAUCACACGGACCGAAGUUUGGAGCAUGUGUGCAAGGAGAGCGCCCAUGGACUGCUGCUCUGGGUCAAGUCGGCGAAAUUCGGAGAGCUACCGGAACUGGACACCAGUGUGAAGUACAUCGGAAGGGCCUCUUUCGACGAAGACUUCAGCGGGUAUUGUACGUAUGAUGCGUCAACGAAGGUUUGCUCGAACGAAGCCGGCGAAGUGUCCGGCUCGAUUGUCAUCCUCGGCGAGAAGUACCCGGAGCGGUACGAGCUCCGGGACAUAAUCUUCAAAAAGUGGACCAACUCAACUCGGCUGGGAUCGCCCAUUCUGGCCUAUGCCACGCUGAAGAACCGUGACCCGAACUACAAGUACAUCGAUCAGGACAUCUCGUAUCUGUCGGACACGCGGCUGGAGUACCUGCUGCCGGCCUGGGUCAUGUCUGGCCUUCCGCUGUCCGUGUACCGAGGCAAGGUGGAAACCUAUAAAACCAUUUCCGGCGAGACGUACUACGGCCGAAGUUUCAAGACAAUAAACGCCGUUCGGUACAUGAGUCCGGCCACGCUUAUCAACGUCACCGUUGUGGGCACCGAGGAGCGAGCCUACCGAGAAUUCCGUGCCAAAGUUAUCACCAUCUACACCGAUGAGGAAGGAUUUGGAUGGUCCCGUUAUCUGGCCUCCGUUGAAGGGGCGUCGAUCGAAACAGCCCUAACGGAGACGCACGUUGAGUACGGUUUGGUGGCCAACCUGUUCGAAGAAUCUCAACUGCAGCCGGGAGCGCCGACCCUGUCACCGAGCAUUCCCCACACGGACCACAAAUACCCGGGCGAAUCGAUUCAACCCAAGGCGGAGGGCAUCCACAUCCACAUCACCGAAACCGAACUGACCCAGGUCUAUCCGGGUUUCCGUAACUUUGCCAUCGGUUGUGGUAUUUUGUUUUUCUCCGUUCUGGGAAUAGCCCUGCUCGACAUCAUCCGUCGGGUCAUCAAAGAUCGACGGGCCAAGCGGUUGCGUACCGGAAAGUACAGCAAAGUCAACGCAAGAUAGGAGCCACCCUUGGCCUGGCCUGGGAUUUCUUUUCCGUUCUACCCGAAUAGACGACGCAGCGUCAUACGCCCUCUGAUGAUCGUUGUUUAAAUUAUCUAGUUUAAUCUAAAUACGUAUAAUUAGCGAAUAUUAUUGCCAUGUUUUGUUCAUCCUAGUUACAUUCUCAAUAAAUAAAUAGUCAUUUGAUCCUCCUCGACCUCUACAAAA